CGAAUCUCUCUCUCUCUCUCUCUCUCUCUCUCUCUCUCGCCUCUCGGGCCUCAAGAUUUUCUCGUUUCGUACACCGGAGACACCAAGAUCGUCGCAAAGUUGCUGCCUUUGAUUUUUCUUCGCGGUCUCUGUUCUUGCCGUAGCAGUCGGCUUCAGUCUUCACCACAUGGAAGGCGGCAUCCAUAUCUUCGUGCUCCUCAUCUCGGAAUUUCCAUCGAAUUUCUGAGAUUUAUUUUUCCGAGUCUUGCGUGCAUUGCGUUCUGAAGAAUUGAUUGGGGGAGAAUUAGAUACAAGGCAGGGCGGAAGCUGAUUUUUUUUUCCUUUCUUUUUCUAAUCCUGUGGAUCAGCAGCUAGGACAAAGAAGUGGUAGAGACAGAGGGAGGAGAUUGGGGGACAUGGAGAUCGAGGAAGCAGCCGGCGAUAUGGAAGAACUGGAGGCUCCCGUCGUCAGCACGGUGGCGGUGGCGGUGAAAGGGAGCAGGAGCAGGAGCAGCAGGCACGCGCUCAAGUGGGCGCUCGACAAGUUCAUGUCCGAAGGGCGGGUCCUCUUCCGGAUCCUGCACGUCCGGCCGGCGAUCACCAUGGUCCCCACCCCAAUGGGCAAUUUUAUCCCGAUCUCACAAGUACGAGAAGACGUAGCAUCUGCAUACAGGAAAGAAGCAGAAUGGCAAGCAAGUAAUAUGUUACUUCCUUACAAGAAAAUUUGUGCUCAGAGAAAGGUAGAAGCUGAAGCUGUUUUACUUGAAUCAGAUGAUGUGGCUGCUGCUAUAAGCGAAGAAAUAGCAAAAUUCAACAUUUGCAAGUUAGUUUUAGGUUCUUCAUCAAAAAAUAUAUUCCGAAGGAAACUCAAAGGAAGUAAGACCGCAACCAAAAUCUCCGAGUGCAUUCCAAGCUUCUGUACAGCAUACAUUAUUUCGAAAGGCAAACUAUCAUUCGUGCACUCAGCUACAUCUGACACCGUUGAAACACCUAAAUCUGUUUCUUCUUCCACUGUUUCUUCUCCUAGCUCUAGAAGCCUUUCCUCCAGUGCACCUUCAGAAUGGGGAGACACGUUUGGAACAGCAAAUGUAUCGUUCCAGCAGCCUUCCCUGCCAUUGCAGCGUGACCAAGCACUGGCAAUCAUAAACAAGCUGUCAAACAGGAGAGCUAGCCCUUCAGGCAGUAUUGGGAGUGAGAUCUCUUACAAUGAUGAUCCAACGCUGACAAGUUCACACUCGAUCUCAGAGGUGCAGUUCAGUAGUAGCAGCAGUGGAAAUUCUAUCUACAAGAGCUUCCAAAGAGACAAUCAGCCUGAUAACUCUGAUCAGGCAUCAGUUUCAGAAAUUUCAGCAAAUGUAAAACAUUCUAAUGACCAGGACGAUCUAAGGCUUCAGAUUGAAAGGAUGAAGGUCAAAGUACGACAUCUUCAUAAGCUUGAGUUUGCUCAGCACGAAUCAUUUGACGCCACUCAAAAAUUACAUAAGUUGGGAAUUCAACACAUUGAGGAUGAAACUAAGCUUAAAGAAACUGAACUGGUAGAGGACAAGGUUAGGAGAUUGGUAAGGAAACAGGAGAGGGAAGAACAUGAAGCAGUGAGAGAAGCUGAAUUUAAGCAACAUUCAGCUGAAACGGAAGCAACACAGGGUUAUGGUGACCAAGAAGCUAAUGAGAACAAGACAGGAGAGAGGAUUGCCAGACCCUGUUUUGAUGAGAACAACAGGUAUACAUGGGAGGAGAUUCAGGCAUCGACUUCAUCAUUCUCCGCUGAUCUAGUGAUUGGUAAGGGCUCAUAUGGCACAGUUUACAAGGCCAAGUUUCACCAUACAACUGCAGCGGUCAAAGUUUUGAACUCCCCUCAAGGAUGUGGAACUCAGCAAUUACAGCAGGAGCUUGAGGUCCUUGGUAAAAUCCGGCACCCUCACUUGCUUAUGAUGCUUGGCGCAUGCCCUGAACAUGGUUGCCUGGUCUACGAGUACAUGGAAAAUGGCAGCCUGGAUGGCAUGUUGCUGCGCAGGAAUAAUACGCCGCUGUUGACCUGGUUCGACCGUUUCAGAAUAGCCUGGGAGGUGGCCACUGCUCUGAUGUUUCUUCACAGCUCCAAACCAGAGCCUAUUAUCCACCGUGAUCUGAAGCCGGCGAACAUACUACUAGAUAGGAACUUGAUUAGCAAGAAAGGUGAUGUAGGCCUAUCAACUUUGCUUCCAAGCAUGGGUCAGUACCAGUCUACAAUGAUCAAGAACACUGCACCUGUGGGCACGUUCUGCUACAUAGACCCCGAAUAUCAACGGACCGGUGUACUAUCCAUGAAGUCCGAUGUUUAUGCGCUAGGCAUUGUGAUCUUGCAACUGCUGACAGCAAGAUCACCGAUGGGCCUUGCGCAUGUUGUGGAGACUGCACUAGAAGAUGGCUGCUUUGUUGACGUCCUGGAUGCAACUGCUGGACAAUGGCCUUUGAAUGAGACACAAGAAUUGGCUGCCCUAGCCCUCCGGUGCUCUGAAAUGAGGCGCAAAGACCGGCCUGACUUGAACGAGUGUAUUCUUCCGACGCUGGAGCGACUGAAGGAUGUUGCAACCAAGGCCAGGGAAGCUGCUCUUCAGGGCCACACAGCACCUCCAAGUCAUUUCAUUUGCCCCAUACUUCAGGAAGUGAUGGUCGAUCCAUAUGUUGCAUCAGAUGGGUACACCUACGAUCGUAAGGCGAUCGAGAUGUGGCUAAGUAUGAACGACAAGUCACCAAUGACGAACUUGUGUUUACCGAACAAGAGCCUGAUACCAAACCACUCUCUUCGUUCUGCAAUCAUGGACUGGAGGUCGAAAAGCAAGUGAUAUGCUCUUCAGGUUGCAUCCUCCGUGAUGCAGCAAUGGCUGAUUUCUCUUACAAUAAAGAUGCCAGUUUUCUGGAAAGCCUUAUGUAGAAGUAGUCUUCAGAGCUUUUCCCUAAAAAAAUAGUAGUCUUCAGAAAGGGUUUUAGGUUUUGCAGCUCAAGCAAAAUGUAAAGUUCGCCUCUUAGCUGAUAGGUAUCUCGCUGUCUUAAUAAGACACUUCUUUUGUUGUUUUUCCUCCUUUCCUAUGCAUAGUGUGUUUGUAUGCUUGUAGCUAUACGUAUUAGCACAUGAUUCAUCUUGAUUCCAAAGCAGGACAGCAACAAUGAAUUGUGCAUAUUGAUGCUGUUUUACGCAGUUUUUUUCUGAAAAGAACAGUGUUGCCAUGUUCA